AUGAACAGCUCCAAUCGCACCUGGACCAGCUGCAGAGUCGUCAAGUUGACGAUAGACAGAGAUCCUCCCAUGGCACGCUGUGGACUCCACCACCUGGCUGAAAAACACGAGCGUCGCGGUCCGCAUCGUCAAUACAAGAACUUUAGUGAUAGGUCUGCCACGGUCGAGGGACAUAAUUUGAAUUCAGAGGCUCUUCUAGUAGAAAUGAAGGCGUAUCUAGAAGAUGACAUGGUAUCGGAAAGUGAAUGUAUGCAGUAUCUAUGCCUGAGUCCAACAUCAACGAGAGACUUGAUAUGAUAAUUGCUUGUACUACGAAAUGGGAUUGGGCUAGUAGGGUGGAAACGCCUGGAAGAAAUAAGAAGACAGUUGACCACGUAGAGGCAAUUUCAAAUAGUAGGUAGAGGUCAGGGCGAGGCCCAGAUCGACAUUGAUUCUACUCUUUGCUCGACUUGAGACAUCGCAAAGGACGGAGUGGGUCGUCGAUGAGAAGGUUAUCAAGCGUCUCUGGGGUCCGGUGGAAAAGGAUAGCCAAACAACCACGCUGGGCGCACCCUAUCAGACGAUCGAUAUAUGUGAGCUGGCGAAGACCGAAUCCACGAGCUUGGUACUUGUUGUACCUUCUUCGCGAGUCGACGCACGAAGGGGUGCAAGCGGGCAAGUUGUGCGAAUCAUGGUGAUGGGCGAAAGACAGUGCGAUCACUAGCUGGGGAUUGCACUGGUGUUGUGGUACUAGAACCGAAGCAGUUUUCCCCACUCUCCAGCUCUCCGACUCAACUUGCGCUUAUGAUCAGCGACGGCAGUGCUCUAUGUGAGGGACUUGCCGUGGCUGCUGGC